UGUGGGACGAACUCUCCAAGAGCAACAUCGCUCCUGCAUUCCUGCCAGUGUGCACUGUGCUUCCCCGUGGCCUGACUGUAAACCAGGCCAGACUGCUGAGCUGUUUCUAUGGUGCUACAUCAGAGGCUUAAGAGUCACUGCACGCAGCCAGUCAGAUGGGUUGUGGGUGAACCGUGUGGGCUAUAGUAGCUAAUAGAGUGAGUUUGUGAACUUACUUUGGGUUGGUACAGAAAGGACAACUUUCUUAAAAGAGAACAGAAGAAUACUCCUCAUCAUCUUCAAUGGAAUGACGACUGGUUUGUGUUGCUGCAGUCUCAGAGUGGACAUUGUGUCUUUGAAGCUACUGAGUUCAGUCACCUCCACUUACGUGUUAUAGACCACUUUCUUCAUGUUUUAUGGGUGAGAAGUGAGCAAACGACGAGGAAGAAUUCACCCUGAAAACAGGGUCAGAAAAAAACUUUUUUUUUUUUUUUUCAUUUGCAAGGACAUAACAUAAGUUGUUCUGAAAGCUGUAAUUCAGUGGCCAUGGCAGAUAAUGUUAUUGAGGAGACCGAUAACUACCUUGGCAAAGAUGAGCUGAACUGGGGCUAUGAAGAAGGUGUUGAAUGGGGUCUUCUGUUUCCUGAGGCAAAUGGAGAGUACCAGUCCCCCAUAAACCUUAACUCUAGGGAGGCCUGCUAUGACCCGCGGCUCCUGGAGGUGGGGCUUAAUCCCAACUAUGUUGUUUGCAGGGACUGUGAAGUCAUUAAUGACGGUCACACUGUGAGGAUCAUGCUCAAGUCCAAAUCAGUUGUGACUGGGGGCCCGCUUCCUAGUGACCAUGAGUAUGAACUGAGCGAGGUGCGUUUCCACUGGGGGAGAGAAAACCAGAGAGGAUCUGAACACACUGUCAACUUCAAGGCUUUUCCUAUGGAGCUUCAUCUAAUCCACUGGAACGCUACAUUAUUCAACAGCGUGGAGGAGGCCAUGGGCAAGAAAAGGGGCAUUCUCAUCAUCGCCCUAUUUGUGCAGAUUGGGAAGGAACAUCUUGGGCUGAAGGCCAUCACAGACGUCCUGCAGGACUUGCAGUAUAAGGGAAAGACAAAAAUAAUUCCAUGUUUUAACCCCAACACAUUACUGCCUGAUCCUCUCUUAAGAGAUUACUGGGUGUAUGAGGGCUCUUUAACUACUCCGCCCUGCAGUGAGAACGUCACCUGGAUUCUUUACCGUUACCCCCUUACCAUCUCUCAGAUGCAGAUUGAGGAAUUUCGUCGUCUCAGGUCCCAUAUUAAAGGAGCAGAGCUUCUAGAAGGCAACGAUGGGAUGCUGGGGGACAACUUCAGGCCCACCCAGCCCCUGAGCGACAGGGUGGUCAGGGCAGCCUUCCAGUAAAGCCCCCACUGCAGAAUCCAUUUUUAAUCUGCCAUAGAGAUUAUAAUGAUGAAGAACUAUAGAUGAAGGCUCUACAAAUGUCCUGGCUAAAGUGAAAGUUCAUCGCUUCCUGUAGAGUUGCUUGGGUAGUGUAUUGUAGUUAACCGCCCUGAGUAUGGCCGUGAUGUGUGCAAAAGCUGCUUUUACCAUGCACUUAAAACACAAUUAUACUGGAUUUCAUAUAAACAAGAGGAAGCCAGUGAGCAUGAAGAGGCGCCAUGUGAUAAGCUUACAGUUGAAUAAGAAAAAGUGAAGGAGCAUAUUAAUGCUUUAACAAUAUAUAGCAAGUGUGUAGUCUUAUAAAUGUGGCUUUAUGGGAAUGUAAUACUACACAAUAAAAAUAUACAUGACUGACAUAUAAUGUAGGCAGGCACAUAUCAUAUACAGUUUGAUGUUUGAUUAUUUCUGAUAUUUUGAUGUAAUUUGAUAUGGUCAGAAUCAGUUUAGUAAUUUCAGAAGAUAUAAAUGUCUGUACAUUGAAUGCUUUUAAAUACUAGCACUAAAAUAAAUUCAUGCUGUUGAAUGAA